AUGACUAAGCACAGCAGCAAGCACGUGACUGUCUGUGGCUUCCGUCUGAUGACGGCCAGUGAGCCAAUGUUCUGGGUUCAAGAGGCUCUGCAGCUAAGAUGGGAAUCACAGGCAGGGAUAGCAUCAGCUAUGAUAUUCGGAUCACUCGGAGCGGCUUACGGCACGGCAAAGGCUGGCAUCGGGAUCGCGAAUGUCGGAACCUUUCGACCAGACUUGAUCAUGAAAUCACUGGUCCCCGUUGUCAUGGCUGGUAUAAUUGCAGUUUACGGGUUGGUCGUCGCGGUUCUCAUUGCCGGUGAUAUUGGCACUCCAGCACAGAACUACAGUUUAUAUGCGGGCUCCAUACAUCUUGCAGCUGGGUUGGCUGUUGGUCUCUCAGGAUUAGCUGCGGGCUACGCCAUUGGGAUAGUCGGGGAUGCUCCUCAUCGUUGCGUUGAUUCUAAAUUCGAAGCGCUGAUCGCAAUCCUUGAAGCUUCCGGAGCUCAGGAAUGCCCCGAACAUAGCACUGGAGAGCUUGGUUGGUUAACAUUUUCGACGUGCAGACGCGAGAUUUUACCCUUUUCCCCAAUGGCGACAGAGACGAUCCCGCAGACGCAGGAGCAAUUGUCCAAGCCGCCACCGUCAGAUCAGCACCGCCCGGAGAUCGAUCCCGGACAAGACAUCAACGCUAAGAAAAUUGGUUUCCCUCCAUGGCCGGCGUCUAGGCCGAAAACUCCACCAGACAUUGUGGAAAAUCGGAAACAUAUCAAGGAGCGAAUUCCAAAGCACAAAUUGAAGAUUGAAGAUUUUGAAUUGUUAAAGACAUUGGGAACUGGUACUUUCGCGCGGGUAUGGCUUGUUCGACUGAAGAAUCCGAAAGACAAGGCGAAUUCGAUUUUUGCUUUGAAGAUUCUUCGCAAAGCUGAUGUUAUCGAGCUCAAACAAGUGGAACAUGUUAAGAAUGAGAAUAGAGCACUUCACGCUGUUGCCGGCCAUCCUUUUAUCACAACAUUGAUUGCAUCAUUUUCCGACGACCAAUGUCUAUAUAUGCUGCUAGAUUUCUGCCCUGGCGGCGAAAUAUUCAGCUUCCUGCGGCGAGUACGACGGUUCAACGAAUCCACGGCCCAAUUCUAUGCAGCCGAGAUAUCGGCCAACCUCCUUAUUGAGGAUCCGAACCCUUUGCGAAUAUACGAACAGAUCAUCGAGGGGCGCCUGCGUUUUCCGCCGCAUGUUUCACCAGAAGCACGGGAUAUCAUAAAAAGACUGGGUCACAUAUCUGGCGGAACGCAGCGGAUCAAAGAUCACCCCUUUUUUAAGGUGAUAAACUGGGAUGAUCUAUAUCGUCGGCGAAGAAACGGGCCGAUCAUACCUCGUGUCGAUCAUGCUGCUGAUGCAGGCAAUUUUGAGGAAUAUCCGCCUCCACCGGACCCUAGUACACAAAGUGUGUACACGGAUGAGAUGAGAAGGAAGUACGAGGGCUUGUUCAAAGAUUUUGACGAUUCCUAA